UCCAUUGCAGCAUCUUUGCCUUACGUAUGAUGUCAUUGGUCAAAGCUGACGGGUGGUAUCGGACAAUAGAAUUUAUCCCAGUGUUUGUAUCAUCUACUAACAAAACAAACAUAGCAUCCGGCAAUGAACAGAUGAGAGGUCAUUAAUAUACACAAGAAAAAGCAAUGGACCCAAAAUAGAACCUUGAGGAAGACCACAUGUAAUUAAUUCCCAGUCAGAUGAAGACUGACUGCUUACUGCACAGUUAUUAAAAAGGGUUGGCUGACAGCAGGAUCCAUGCAAGUAUCUAUCCGUUCGAAAUGGAUGUUGAUUUAUUGCGACCAGGAACUGUGCCCAUAUCUCCAGACACAAUAUUGUGGUUUGAGUUCCUACUAAAACCAGAUUUGCUACAAGAACAUCUUCAGAAAAGCAAUCCUGAUCCAUCUCCAACAGAUCUUAUCAUCAAGUUCUUGUCAAUUCAUAAUGAGCAAAAGGAUCAAGAAACCAAAGCCACUGAUUCAGAAAGUGAUAUGGUCAAGCCAGAUGAUGGCGUUGGGAAGAGAAGCCUCAAGAACUUGGCUUUGAAAAUAUUGUCAUUAAAGAUAGCAGCGUAUCUUAAAUGGGACCUUGAUAUAUUGGAGAACAAGCUACCAUUGCCCAUGCAAGUUACACUUCUCCAUGACUUACAGUAUCUGGCACAUGAAAAGGAUUUUGAUGUGAACAGCAUGUCAGAGGCAGCUGUGACAUCAGGACCAUCUCAUUUAGUAUUUGCUGUAGCUCUGUAUAACAGAUGGGUGCUGAGAGCAAUAGUGCAUAACCACGUGUCACCAAAACAGAAUCGUCAGAACUCUUCAUCAAUCCCUGGUCUGCAGGACAGCAAUUAUGUGCCGCCACAUGUGUUAGAUGAGCUCAUGCACAGCCUGGAGAAGCAGGCAGCCAAUAGUAUAGCAGUUCUGAAUCGUCUCACCACAAUUCCUGCACCACUUCUACCAACCCCAGAGACAUUUAAUGUGCUUACAGAAGAUAGCACAAGCGUGUGCCAGAACUGGGCGGAGGGUAUCACAAUAUCUGAUGAUGAGUUUCACUGCCAGCUGCAUUUUGAUCUGGCACAGUACCAUUUCUUUCGCGAAGAUUACCAUGCAGUUCAAGAUAAUAUAUCAAAAGCUGCUGCUCUUCACAAGAAAUUGGUUGCCUGUGGAACAAAUCUGAUAUACUGCACAGCAACAGCAGUGCAAAUUAAGGGAUACAGCAAUGCUUGUGAAAUGAUCCGUAUACAUGUACCAACUGUUUCUCCUCAGUCAGAUUUGCUUCACCAGCUGCAUCGUUCAAUACGUGAUCAAUAUACAGGUAUUGUCUCCAUUCUUCAGGCUGAUAAUGUUAGACGUGAAAUUCCUCUAGUGUAUAGAGCCACUUUAGAACUUGACAUUCAAGGUGCACUUUCAAGUGGGAAAUUCACAGUAGCACGUGACUUACUUCUGCAAGUUCAAACACUUAAUGUUGUGAGGAAAGUGAUUGGAGGAGAACCACAGUGCACGGAGUAUAUUCAGGUCCUCAAAAAUCCUGCGACUGCAGACAAAGCAGCUGAUAUGCUGAUUUCUGCUUUAAAGGCAGUAAUGGGAAGUUUGGGACCAGAUGAACGUCAUCGUGUAAAACUAUUUAUCUUGCACCUGAUCACCCAGAGUGACAGAGGACCUCUGCUGAAGGAACUUGUACUGAAUUCUCCAGAUCUCUCCAUUUUGUUUGCGAAAUCAGAAUUAAAGAAAGAUGAUUCUGAGGGAGUCACUAUCCCAGAAUUACUUCUUAACACCAACUGGAAUGUUCCUGUUGCAUCACAGAAUAAGGGUCGCCUACCAGCUGGAAUGGUGGAGCAACAGUUGAUCUCCACCUGUGACUCAAAAGAAAUUAAAGAUCUCAUUGUCAGACUUGGAGGAAUGAAACCCAUCCGACCACUCUGGAAGAUAAAUCCAAAGUGGGAUCUGCCUAUUCCACUCAAGAACAUCGUCUCUAUCCUUCCUAGAGGGUCACUGCAGGACUUCUCUUACAUACUUAUGGCAAAAGCCAGAGAACUUGUUGCACAGAAGGAUUAUGCACAAGCGAUUGAACUAUUGGGCAAAGUGGAGCAAGAGACGAAAAGCAAUGGGUCAGUUUCUAACAACAUUAUGAACAAAGUCACAAAGCUUAUUUCAUGGGAGAUAUUGCUUGUGCAGAUUAUUCAGUUCUUUGUAGACUGGCCACAAAGUUUAAUUGGAACAGAACAGUUGAUAGCAGGAUGUAAACAGUGUUUGGCUGCAAUACAGUCUGGAGAAUCUGUGGUACCGCGUGUUGAGGUCCAGGAACAAUGUAUGCUCUGUCUCUUGAAUCUGGGACAAUGGGACUACCUUGUGGCUUCAGAUAAAAGGUGGACACAUUUUGAACUUCCUCAGGCACUUGCUGCUGCAUGCCAAGAUGUCAUUAAGUACAAGGGCACUAAGAAAGUGUGCAAGGAUGCUUGGGACAUAGUUCUUCCUGUGUUUGGGCCAAGUACUCAGCAAAAGCGAUCUAGUUCGGGUGCAUCUGUCCACCGUGAUUCGCCGACAAUGGGUAGUGGAUACACACGUGCAAGUUUGCAUCAACUGCUCAUGCGUCUGCGUGAACCUACUGUCCUUUCAGUGGCAUUAUCUUUGUUGGCACGACUCCAUAAUGUGCUCAAAGACGACAAUCACCAAGAACUGUCAUGUGAGCAUGUCGGUCUCUGGCCUGCUGUUGUAAGCAAUUCAAAUUCAUACCACUCCAAAGGGGUUGCAGAAAUGCUUUCUCAGCUGCUGCUACAGGGACUUAAAUAUCACCCUAACAAUGUGUCUUGGCUCAAGUUAAUUGCUGAUCUCUGUUUUGUUCUGGGUCAUUACAAGGCCUCACUUUCCUACUAUCUCAAAGCAGCAAUUCUGGUGAGUGACUUUUUUAGCCAACCACUUCCAAGAUCAGUGAUGGAUGAUCUAACAUUUCGCCGGAUGAUAAAAUGUUGCAGCCAGCUUCAGUGUCACACUCAGGCAGCUGUGUUGUGUCAGUUUCUUGAGGAAACAGAUUAUGCAACAGCAUUUAAAAGCCUGGGAGAUGUUAAAAGUAGCAGUUGUAGCGACUCAAUGGAUUCUUACUACAACUGUAUCUGGGACAUAACUAUUCUUGAGUAUCUUGUACACUUACAUUCUAAACGUGGAGAACACCAAAGGAAACAUCAAGCUAUGAGGGUGCUUGGCCUCCUGGAGCUCAAUGCAAAUAACAACAAAGAAAUUCAGAGAGAGGCAGCAAAUUUAAGAAAAUCUCGUUUCCUUAGAUCUUUAGCAAGGCAGUUUGUUUGCUAACUGUGGCAGCAAAUUUUUCAUUUACUUCUAUGAAGUUAUAUAUUGUAAAUAUUAAAUUAGACAAAAACCAUUUCAAAUAAAUUAU